AUGAUUUCGGCAAUGCCCGCAGUGGCUCUGCGCCGCGAAAAGAAGCGGAGCAAACCCGGCCUCAACAGGGCCAGUUCCGCUGCUUCAUUUGGCGGCCAGACCAAAGACGCCCAAGGCAAGCCCAGCAGGGCUCUAUCAGUGUCAACAAUUGAUAUUCCUCAACGUAUGGUGAGGUUCAAGUCCACGGAGCAGGAACAGAGAGAGAAGCUGUUCAUGUACUGCGGCACCCUCUGCCUCGUAACGGGCCUUUUCCUCCUCUUCAUCGGAGUGGGGACUCAGGUAAACACCACACGAACUAUCGGACUGCUCUCCAUCGUUCUGGGAGCUUUUCUUUGCUUCUUGAAAGUGGUCAUCACCCCAGAGGAGCCACGCCGUGCCCCCAUACGUCGACACCGUUUGCUAGGCUCCAACGAUUCGCUCUACAAUCUGGCAGUGCCGGGCGUCCGUUCAAAAGACAACGAAACCGAGAUCACCGCUCCAAAGCACCAGCAAAGCAAGAAAGCUCGACGGAAGCGUGACGAUCCAGAUUCAAGGAACGCCACCCCUAAACACCACACGCUUCAGGUGACCCGACAGCAAGACUAUAUCAGCGUAGCUGUCGAGGAGCCCGAGGAAACCAAUGAUCCAGCUGCACCCAUUGCCAGGAUGGAAGACUGA